AUGCGAUCUGUGUUGUCUACAAAGCGAGACGGACUACUACGACAUCUCGCGCGAUACGAGCAGACACAAGUCGACGUCAACGAGUUCGACGGGAAAUUUAGAACGGCUGUCAAGUCUGUUUUGGAUAGCCCUGGAGUUGUAGCAAUCCUGGAUCAUGAGGAGCCUGAGUUUAUGCUGGCGCUGAAGCUGGCGCUUCAGUAUAUAGUGCCGGUGAUCAUAGGGCCUGAUACUAAAGUAUUUCAUGAGGCUGAAGAGCUUUUACCCAAGACGAGGGCGCUGUCGAAAGGUAUUUUUGACCGUCAGGAGGAGCUACGGAACUUACUGGAUUCUCAUUGGAUUGCUAUUUCCCGGCGAUGGAAUAAGUACAAGCUCUCCAGUCGCGAGAGUGUGUUGCGAGGCGCGUGGCCAGACAUGAUUCCCGCCCGUCUGUCUAAAGACCCGCUAUCUGGCCGUGUCUCGGUCACGGACUUCAAUAGUCUGAGAGAGGCGUAUAUGUGGCCGUAUAUUAACUUGGAGGAUCUCCUCUCCGGCGAUCGUCUGCUCCUUUUUAUGGAAUCGAGAGGUCGCAAGCACCCAAGUGUCUUUGUCAACCGCGACUUUCUGGAUUCAAAGUCUGCAGUGGAGAAAGGUGUUGUCAGUAUAAAUUAUCUCGAUAAUAAUCUCAUGCGGUUUGACGCCGCGGACGACGAUAAGGAUACGCGGAGCGGCUACGGCAGGUUGGAGACAUUUUUUAGAGCGUCGAGAGCGGAGAUGGAAACACUGCUUAUAAGCGGCGCGGGUUUCCUACCAGGUGAAGGGAUUCGCAUUCUCGAAAUCCAAGAGCGAAUUAUGAGGUUCCUCUUGGAUUGCUGCCGUGGUAUUCUUUAUGAUAUUGUAGAGGUGAAGAGUCUACACGAAAUUCCUCUCGCGACCCUAACGGCAGAAGUAUCUUAUAGAACCCCCUUAGAACUUGACUUCCAUCAGUUGCAGCAACUGCUCUUAGCCCAUCAUUUCGACGCGGAGGAGAACUUUUGGGCGUUGCGGGAGGACCCAAGUUUCUUCGCCGAUGCUAUCUCGGACAUUACUAGACAUUUGCGUAGCAAGGAGCCACAGGAACGAGACUCAGAUAUGUCCCAGCACGUGUUCGCUAUUCGCAAAACUUUGAGGGAUACCUAUGGCGAUAUAGUCAUCUGGCGGGAACUCGAGCUUCGCGUUGCGGAGUUAGCCAAAGAAUCGAGAAACCCUUCUGAGGAGCUGGCAUCACAGGGGCUACUUAACCCGCGCAAAACAGCACUCUUUCGGCUAAAGGAUUUCUUGAUGUACACUAUCCAGUAUUUCGCUUCUCAGCUAGAGUCGUCUGCGAUCGAAAUCGAGAUCCAGGAAGGAUUCACAGUAUCGCAUGCUCUCCAUGACUGUAUAGCCGACUCGCGUGACGACGCCGACUUAACGGUCUCCGGGACUCUCGAGAAGCUUUUUGUAGCUUGUGAAUCGCUCCGGCAAUUAAGACUCUAUCGGCCGUAUAUCCCGGGGCUUUGGAGAAAUGAUGGUGAAUGUAGCAUCCAGCUGCCAGUGCUCGAUACUAUAUUCAAAGCGUCUGAGAUGGACAAGGGUAUAUUUGAUUUGAUCUAUCCUUUGCAGUCCACAUUCGCAUAUCCCGUCCAUGAGAGUCAGGCUUGUGAUAAGACAGAGACGCAUUAUUCGAAGAUGUUGGAGGACAGAAGCCCCACGAGCUCUUAA